AUGGAAGGCAAAGCCCCCUCCUCCACCCUCACCGCUGCUCUUGUUGUUGCUGCUGUUGCUGCUGGUGGUGUUGCUGGUGCUGGGGCUUUUGCUGCUGCUGCUGCUGCUGUUGUUGUUGUUGUUAUUGCUGUUGCUGUUGCUGUUGCUGGUGCUGGUGGUGGUGGUGGCGGCAGCAGCGGCGCCAACCCCCGCGCCGUUGGUCUUUUCGGUCAUCGUGCUGGUGAAAAAGACAAGUCAGAACUCAGAAAGGCAAUGGCGAUGUUAAACAUGAAGCAAUGGCAAUGGACCAUGUUGGAAACCGCGGACCCAGAAAAAGUGACUCAAGGGGCAGGCGGACGGGAAGUCAAGGCGCCCAAUUUGUCAGAAGCAGCGGAGAUCAUGGACCGUAGAGGUGCUCACAAGGCCACAAGUGAGCUUCGAGAUCAGGGGCAGCCACGGGCCCAGAGUUUUGAGAAAUCACGCGAUGUCCAUGGGAAAUGGAACAAUGGGAAAUUGAGAAGCAAGAAUGGGAAACCACGAACACCUCAAGGUCGAGAAUCAAGAGGUGUUGAUCCACCUUCAGCUCGACGAGGAAAGCCAGAGCUGCCCCGCGCAGAGCACCAGGAGCGAGUACGCCAGGAACAAGCCCUCUUCAGGCCAACUGUGAACGAGGGCAUGGACGAAGAGCUGGUGCAAGCAGCGGUGGAUUGGCAGUUGGGAGUCGGGGUGGAUGAAGAGGGGUUCUGGUUGAGUUCGCGGAUCGCGUCCCGUCAUGCGUCCCUUGUGCGGUUGAGUCCUUCCAGAGAAUUGGAAAGAGUCGUGCACUUCUGCCUCCCGGCCUGGAUCUCGAGGCCAAGAGCAGUCUCGCACUUCUCCUCAUUCUCCGGGCUCCGGAGACACUCACACUCUGAUUCCAAUUUUGGUCUCCGUGAGCUCCGUGUUCCUUCCAAGUCUCCCGCCUUUAGCCGGAAGACGGCCGUGAGAACUGGCCCGUUCUUUGAUGACUGCAAGUGGCGGAGACUGCCCCAAAAUGUUCGACCUGUUUCCCGUAGAGAGAGCAAGAUACUUCCAGCCCUCCUCAUGGAGUUGAUCACAGCCACGAACCACCGAGUCACUCGCAGAUCACAUCCACCUCUCCCAACAAGCAAGGAAGGAAGGCUCGAAACCGCAAGUGCCUGA